CGGGUGGGACUGGGAACUUGAACUUGACGAUUAUGUAACAGAGAAUAGAGGAAAACUAAAGAAUUCUCGUGUGGAGUCAACGAGAAUGUGGCGCCUUCAGGAAAAAGACGCGUUCGGCGCCUAGAACGUGUUUUAACGGGUUGACAUGUUUUUAAAGCUUAUCUUUUGACCACCUGUUUGAAGUGAAGUGAAUCCCGUCUGCUUUGUUGACAUAAUAUUUAACCCCGCCGGCAAUGGCAGACCCAACUAUACAGACAUUCUGCUGUCACCAGCCUGACAAAGCAGACUCCUCUGUCGAUAUAAUGCAAGCUUUUAACUCUAACUCAUACAGCACUGUUUGUCUUAUUUCAUCGUCAAUCGGAAUUUUGGGUGCUGUGUAUCAGGUUCUUCCCCGUGAGGAACCUUAUUUAUCCCAUAGGUGGCUCACUCAGUCAGUCACUCGAGGACGUCAAAUGGUCGUUUGGCUGGCUGUUGCAGAUUUACUGGCUUCAUUAGGGGUUUUCAUCCGUUCAGCUCUAUGGCUCAACUACAAGUCUCUUAUGAACCCUGACAGUGAUUCCACAGUUUUAUUUUGUGCUAUAGUGUCAGCUUGGAUACAAUACUUCUACACUGCCACAUGGUUUUGGACACUCUGCUACGCUGUUGAUAUGAGAUUGGUACUGCGAGAGCGCCCUGGCCAUCCUGUGCUUUAUCACUUGUGUUGUUGGCUGAUCCCGGCAGUGUUAACGAGUGUUGGACUGUCCAUUCUUUACAUACCCAAUGCAAACUGUCAUAAUCUCAAAUCUUUGGGCAGUGCAGUAUUGCACAUUCUGCCCAAUUACCUUGCCACUUAUGUUCCAAUGGCAGUGGUGAUGGUGGCAAACCCAAUUCUUUACUGUGAUGUGGCUCGUGCAGUGCACACAGCGGUUGUGUGCAGCUUGGCCCAAUUCACCAGCAAGGAAAGAGGACUUGUGGACACUGUACGACUGAAACUAGCCUUGAUCAAUUUAGCCUUCUAUGCUUGCUGGCUUCCAAAUAUUAUCAAUGGAAUUUUGUUGUGGACUUUGUGGUAUGAUUUACCAACUAAUGUCAUUAUAUCCUUGUGGUACAUAAUGGCUGUGAUGAACCCACUACAGGCUCUCUUCAACAGCAUGGUUUAUCGGCGCUGGACAGGAGGUCCAGACAAGGUGUACAUUCCCUGCCGUAAAUUGUCAGGGCGUAGUGCUUUGAAUGACCCAUUAGAUGAAGAUCCUCUGCGGCCUCCAGUUUCAUCAGAGAGCACUCCAUUAUUAGAAAAUCCCUCUUCAAAAGCAACAUCUGGCAAUACCAACUUUACGAUGAGUCUCACACCAAGUACUCAACGACGUGCCGCAGCCAGCAUAAAUGGUGCAACAUAAGCCCUACUAUGGUCCUUGUUCGUCUUCCAUUCCUUGACCUUACCUGUAACUAUUGUCCUUUCCCCUAUAACUCUUAAGUUCUUCGUGUAUCUUUAUUUUAAACUUGACUUGAAAAGCAGCACAAAAUGUUCUGCAUAAUAUUGACCUGCAAUCAGUAUUGGCAAUGAAAAGAGAACUUCAAAGCUUAUGGUUAUCACUUGAAUAGGUAAACUUUUAGUCUUCUUGAUCUAAUGCACAUGUGACAUAAAGUAAGAUAUUAAUAUAAAUGCACUUAUCGUAGUCUUAUGAAGAAAGUGCUGCUCCAGUGACUGUGUUCAAUAUUGACUUGCGCCCUGCCAUUCUUAGCUAGUCUGAAUAUUAUUACUAGUUACAGUAUCAUUAUGAUAAUUAUUUUAAUUGUAUUAACAAUGCUUCCCAAGGGUAAAGCCAGUAUUCAAUAUUUUUAUGAGCCUUUAAAGAUGUAAUUCAUUGUACUAUUUUCCUCCUUGAACUGACCAAGGACCUUGAACGUGCCAUUUUUUUUGCAAUAAGUACAAGCAUUCCAAAUAAAUGUGAUACUUUUUUUGAAUAAAAAGAUACAUUUGAA